AUGGAAAUUAUUGAAAAAUUCCUCGACAACGAAUGUUUGGUUUGUCAAAAUCCAUCAAAAGGAAUGCAUUUUGGAGCAAAUACUUGUAGAGCAUGCGCUGCUUUUUUCAGGUAACAUAAUUUCUCAUAAAAAAUUCUUGAUUAAAUAUUUUCAGAAGAGCUACAUUAUUAAAUUUGCAAUUUGAAUGCAUUAAAAAGAAUAAUAAUUGUAGUGGAGAUAAAAAACGAAGAUUUAUAUGUAAAUCUUGUCGAUUUUCGAAAUGUUUAGAAAUUGGAAUGACUUCGAAAAGUUUGUUAUUUCAAGAAUUCAAGAAAAAAACAAUUUUGCUUUUUUUUUUCAGAAGUUAAAAUAGAUUAUGAUCCAACAUUAUCAAUGAAACAAUUAUUUGAUGAUUAUUAUACAACAAGUGAAGAAUCAAAUACAAGUUCAUUAACAAAUUCACCAAGUUUUUCAAUAUCUGAAGAAGAAGCAGCCGAAAAUGAUAUGCUAUUCAAUUUUAUACCAAAAUCUUCGAAAAAACCAAUUGCAAUUAUUGAUUUUUCGGAUUUAACACAAAAAAUCGAAGUGAUAUUUGAUUCAAAAAAUGAAGAUGAUGGAAAAAAUGAGAUUUUUGAAAAAAGUUCUUCAAUAAUGAUCAAAAUAAAUGAGAUGGAAAUAUUUGAUAUGAUUAAUUUAUUGAAAAAUGUUAUAAUUAUCAAAUGGGCUCAGUGGAUCAAUUCAAUUUUUUGUGGAAAAUCAAUUGGAAAACAACAAAAAAUGCAAUUAUUUCGAAAUUCUUGGAAUAUUCUUCAUGUUUUUGAACGAUUACAAAUAACAUCGAAAUAUGAAGAAUUGCUCAAAACAAAUUCGAUUUUAAUUUCAAAUAAUUUAUUAUGGAUUUGUGGAAAAAGUCAUUAUAAUGUAUCAAGUAUUUCUGAAAUUACUAAUCGAUAUUUUUCAAAGUGAGUUUGCAGAAUUUUUCCAAAAAAAUGUUGCUUUUCGGGUCCUAAAAUAUUAAGUUACCCCUAGGCCGAGCUCUGGGCUCUUAAAAGUUCAUAGCUCCAUUUCAAAAUUAUUUUUAUAGGAAAUAAAGUUCCAGAUAUUGCUCAGCAUGAUCGAUUUACUAAAAGUACAUCGAUAAAAAACAUUUUUUCGAAAAAAAUUUUUUUUUCGGAUGAAAACCCUUUUUCCAAAAUCAAAAUUUUUUUCUGAAAAUUCAAUUUUUUCAUCGUUUUUUGGGUAAAUCGACUAUGCUGAGCAAUAUCUGAAACUUUAUUUCUUACAAAUAUUAUUUUGAAAUAGGUUCCCUUGUAAGUUAAAUAUUUGUUUUCAGAUUAUUCGAUCCAUAUCUUCAGAGAUUUAUUGAUGAAAUUGGUCAAAAAUUAUAUGAAAUUAAAAUAAGUGAUCAAGAAUUAAAAUUUUGUUUAAUUCAAUUAUUAGGAUAUGAUAAAAAUGAUUUAACUCAACAAACUAUUGAAAUUAUCGAAGAAUUGCAAGAUGAAAUUGCCAAUGAAAUGCAUCAUUUUUAUUCGAAUGAUUUAAAAUUAACUAAUUAUUCUUGUCGAUUAAUUAAGCUAUUAAAUAUUGUGAAAAAUAUGAAGAAAAUUAUGAACGAAAAAAAUAAAAUCAAGGAAUUAUUUUAUAUUUUCGAUAUUUUUCAUGCCGAUAUUUCAGAUAAUGAUUUUUUUGAUAUUUUUUAA